CAUGCGCAGUACGAUAUAAACUCACAUGGUGUAAAUUCAAGAUGGCGGACGAAGAUGAACAAAGUUUAUCAUUUGAUUCAAUGGGCCUGGAUGACCGCAUUGUAAAGGCUAUAUCGAAGCUGAAUUGGUCAAAACCUACUCCGAUACAGGAGAAAGCAAUAACGUUGGCUCUGGAGGGUAAAGAUGUUUUAGCUCGUGCGAAAACUGGCUCUGGGAAGACAGCAGCUUAUGCAAUCCCUGUUGUUCAAAGAAUAUUACAGGAGAAACAGACUUGCAAAGAGUCGUACAUCAGAGCCCUUAUCUUGGUACCAACUAAAGAGCUUGCUCAACAAGCUGCACGCAAUGCUAAGGAGCUAUCAAGUUGUUGUGCCAGAGAAGUGAGAGUUGCUGAUGUUACACAAGGAAACUUGCCGUCCACCAAACCUUUAUUAAUGGACAAGCCAGACAUUGUGGUUGGGACCCCAAGUGGCAUUCUUGGACAUAUACAAGCAAAGAACAUGGACUUGAAGGACAGCCUCCAGAUGCUGGUAAUUGAUGAGGCAGACCUUGUGUUCUCGUAUGGUUAUGAGGAUGAUUUAAAAGUUUUAUUAAGCCACCUGCCCAAGAUUUAUCAGGCAUUUUUAAUGUCUGCUACAUUGACUGAUGAUGUUAAAGCACUAAAGAAAUUAGUACUACACAACCCUGUGACCUUAAAGUUGAACGAGUCUCAGCUUCCCGAAGAUGACAGGCUUGUGCAAUACUUAAUCAAGUGUGAGCCAGAUGAUAAAUUCCUUCUAAUUUACACACUACUAAAACUUAGGCUUGUCAGAGGCAAGACUCUGCUUUUUGUGAAUGGCAUUGACAGAUGUUACAGAUUAAAGUUAUUUCUGGAGCAGUUUUCCAUUAAAGCCUGUGUGCUUAACUCAGAACUUCCUCAUAAUUCAAGGUUGCAUAUUGUUGAGGAGUUUAACCGUGAUGUUUAUGAUUAUAUUAUCGCUUCUGAUGAGGCUUCCCUGGAUUUAGCUCCUUCAUCUCAUAAAGAUGUAGAAAAGAAGAAUAGUAAAAAGAGAAAGAAAGACAAAGAAUAUGGAGUUGCUAGAGGGAUAGAUUUUCAAGGGGUUGAAAAUGUUAUAAACUUCGAUUUUCCAUCAACAGUUGAGGCAUACAUACACAGAGUUGGCAGGACUGCAAGGGGGGACAGUUCAGGGACAGCUCUAUCCUUUGUGACACAUUCAGAUAAUACUGUGAUUUCUAAGGCAGAGGAACGCUUGGCUCAGGAAACAGGGAGUGACAAAGAGGUGUUUAAGCCGUUCCAGUUCAGAAUGGAAGAGAUUGAGGGCUUUCGUUACAGAGCAAGGGAUGCUAUCCGUGCAGUCACAAAAACAGCUGUCAAAGAAGCCAGACUAAAGGAGAUCAAGAGGGAGAUACUUAACUCUGAGAAAUUGAAGGCAUAUUUUGAAGACAACCCUCGUGACUUGCAAGUCUUACGGCAUGAUAAGGAGCUUCAUCCUGCCAAAGUCCAAGCUCACAUGAAAAAUGUUCCAGAUUACCUAGUUCCUGCAGCUCUGAAGCACAACAAGAGUUCAAGGAAACGUCAAAAUAAGCACAUCCCUUUUCCACAAAAGACUAACAAGAAAAAGAAGAAAGACCCAUUGAAAACAUUCAAGUACAACAAGUAACAGGAAUGCUACGUAAUACUGGAAUGACAAUAGGAUGAAAUAGAAUAAAUGAGAAAAAGGAUGGAAGGGUGGGAGUUAAGAAUGAAACUCUGUAUUCCUUGGCCUAUUUUGAAUUAAUAAAACAAAAAAGGCAGUGGCAGAUAGGAUGAAACUCUUUAUCACCAAAAAUGCACAAGAGUUUACUUGAUAUUUUAAAUAAAAUGGAAGACAGACAUCAAACAUUUUCUUAUUUUAUAGAGCAAUUAGGUGAACUAUGACAACAUAAUCCUGGCAUGUAUUCUUUCUUUUGUCCAUAUUGUCCAUUCUUUUGUAGCGUCAGAUUUCCUUAAUUUGCUAAAUCCAUAAUGGCUUCCACCAUUUUCCCUAUGCCAUCGUGUAUCUCAUGGAGUCUUGUUUCACACAUGAAUGCUGGAGUUGUAACCAAUUUGUUUGCUGAAUCAAUAUGGAUUUCGUAGAAAAAAUUAAGGAAACUUAAUUAGAAAUAUUUUUGUUGGGUUGAGGUUAAACUAAUCAGAAAAGCUAACUUUUAGACAACAGUGUAACUUUUCCAGGGCUUGUAAAGUGAGUUUUCAAGAGGACAGUUCCACCUACAACUAGAGGAUGGUUAGAAAACUGUGCCUUAUCAGUUUCCAGUGAAUAAAACCUGCUGGAUAAAUGGU